GACAACAGCAGGAGGUUGCAGAUACAGGCAGGCCAUUCCUUUAGGUCUUGGAGGGCGCUUGGAUACUGAUGCUAACUAUGGCAUCCGGAAAGCUUUCCUUCCACAGGGCAGAAGGAGAUAUACUCCCCUAAGACAACCAACAGCUCAGCAAGUGCUGAUUGACAAAAUAUCUGCAGGUCCCGUAACUGUGAUUGCAAUUGGAGCACAAACAAACUUAGCUAUUUUCCUCAUGAAUAACCCACACCUAAAGAAAAAUGUGGAACAUAUUUACAUCAUGGGUGGUGGUGUAAGGUCAAGAAACCCAACUGGUUGUUGCCCCAAAAAUACUUCUUCUUCCUGCGUACCUAGGCAGUGUGAUGACCAUGGCAAUUUGUUCACAGACUAUAAUACUAACCCUUAUGCAGAGUUCAACAUAUUUGAAGACCCUUUUGCAGCAUAUCAGGUGAUUCAUUCUGGUAUUCCUAUUACCCUUGUUCCUCUUGAUGCAACGAACACAAUCCCCAUCAGUGAAGAAUUCUUUAAUGAAUUUGAAAAGAGCCAAGACACAUAUGAGGCACAGUACUGUUUCAUGUCCUUGAAAAUGGCUCGUGACACUUGGUUCGACGACCAAUUCUAUAAUAGUUAUUUUAUGUGGGACUCUUUCACAUCUGGUGUAGCAGUCUCAAUCAUGAGUAACUCCAUUAAAAAUAAGGGAGAAAAUGAAUUUGCUGAAAUGGAGUACAUAAACAUAACUGUAAUUACUUCAAACAAACCCUAUGGGAUAUCUGAUGGCUCCAAUCCAUUCUUUGAUGGCCUCAAAGUUCCUAAAUUCAAUCUAAAGAAAGGUGGGGUGCAUAGUGGUCAUGUUCAGCAAGGACUUAGAGAUCCAUUUUGCUUUGUGAAGAAUGGGAAAGGGAGAUGUCAGGAUGGUUAUACGGCAGAGUUGAAUGGUUCAGACUCAGUGAAGGUACUUGUUGCCACAAAAGCAAAGGCCAACUGGGAUGUUAGGAGUCCACUUGACAGAGAAUAUUUCGUAAGCUUCUUGAAUGUUCUAAAGCAACCACAACAUGCUGGGAGGUUCAACUUCACUACACAAUUUCCUUACUACAAAGAAGUAACUUACUUGCCAGAUUUUAAAAAGAAAACACUGGGGAAACCUGUUGUGUUUGACAUGGACAUGAGUGCAGGAGAUUUUCUUGCUCUAUUUUACCUCCUUAAGGUUCCUGUUGAAGUGAUCAACCUUAAGGCAAUCAUUGUGAGCCCAACUGGAUGGGCAAAUGCUGCAACAAUAGAUGUCAUAUAUGACUUACUACACAUGAUGGGUCGUGACGAUAUCCCAGUUGGUCUAGGUGAUGUUUUUGCAAUGAAUCAGUCAGAUCCAAUAAUUCCACCUGUUAGAGACUGCAAGUAUGUUAAAGCCAUUCCCCACGGAAAUGGUGGUUUUCUGGACUCUGACACUCUUUAUGGAUUUGCUCGUGAUCUGCCUCGUAGCCCCAGAAGGUAUACAGCAGAAAACUCAGUGAAGUUUGGGGCUCCUCGGGAUACCGAUCACCCUGAACUCAGACAACCACUAGCUAUGGAAAUUUGGGAGUCAAUAUUACAAACAAUGAAACCAGGGUCUAAGAUUACAGUAUUAACUAAUGGACCCUUGACUAAUUUGGCAAAGGUUAUGUCAGUGAAAAAAAUAAGCUCUAGAAUUCGGGAGGUUUAUGUAGUGGGGGGACACCUCAGCCAGAAUGCCAGUGACAUAGGAAAUGUCUUUUCUGUUCCUUCCAACCAUUAUGCAGAAUUCAAUAUGUUCCUGGAUCCUUUAGCAGCCAAGACAGUGUUUCAAUCAGAAGUUAACAUCACACUCAUUCCACUCAGUAUUCAGCACAGAACAAGUUCGUUUUCAAGUAUUUUAUACUGGUUGGGAAGGAUAGAAAAAACACCCGAAGCUGUGUUUUCCAAGCGUCUGCUAUCAAGGCUAUACCGUUUGAAGCAAAUCCACCACAGAUAUCAACAUAUGGACACGUUCUUGGGAGAAAUUCUAGGUGCAGUUGUCUUGGGUGAUAGCCCUUCAAGUCUUGAUGCAAAAUUUGAGGUCAAGCCCAUUAAAGUCUUGGCCGAAGGGGUUGAAUCCACUGACGGAAAAAUUUUGGUGGAUGAAAAACAUGGGAAAUUAGUCAGAAUUUUAAGCCAUGUAGAUGGCAAGGCUUAUCAUGAGAUGUAUGCAAAAAGGCUAGGUGAACGGAACCAAUCAGCUAAGGUAGGAAGCUUUAAAGAACAAAAGAGGAAAUGGAGUCAUCCACAUGAUAGAAGCUAGAGGGCACAUGUUCAUGAUUCUCUUCCAAAAGCAGCGCAUCUCUUCUUAUUUUAGACACUAAAGUUUCUAUUGAGUGGUUGAUAUUCUUCAAGUUUUAAGAUAGAGUUUCAAGUUUAAUAUAGGAAAAGACACUGUGCCUUUUCUCUCUCCUUACGAACUUAGGAUAGAAUAAAUACUUAAAAACAAAAUGGAAAUAACAGAUUGACCUCAAUUUG